ACAAUGUUUCUGAUUGAAUCAGUAAAAGGAGUAUCUCGUCGAUGAUCCGUGAAUGCUCACUGAUUCUCAGUUCCCAUUUUAUUUGUUCCAUCUUAUAUCUCGCUGAUUUUGUCCAGUAGAAGGAAGCAAAGUUUCACUGCAAAAUUUGCAGCAUACAAAUUCGUUACACACGCCUUGAAACUUUCUGCGAUGAAAUGCAGUUAAAGGAAUGCUUAGCUCAUCCAGAUGAAAUUCUAAAUGUCGGAGUCAAAAUUUAUUGUUGUUUCUUCUAGUUUCUGCUAGUUUCUUCUAGUUUCUGCUAGAAUAUACAGGAUUUACAGUAGCAACUGUUUUAACAAUAUUUGCAAACAAAUUUAGGCGAGUAUGAAGACUAUAUAUUCGUUUGCCUCUUGUCGCUAUAAUUUUUUUUGUUUACCACAGUCAAUCCUUAUGAGAGAAGUGUGGCUUUAAUCUGGAUGGGAAUUACAGGGAAAUUUUCUUGCAAAAUUCUACAAACAGUUCAAAUAGAAAUUCAGUCUCUGUUAUCUAUAUUGCUCAAAUGCAGAACGUAUGCGACAUCGCAAUGUUUGCUUGUCAUUUAUCUAUCUUAGCUAAUUUCUCGUAUUCGGAUAAUCUUGCCUACGAUUGCAAGACCAUUCUCUCGAGCGUGACUCCAUUUGCGUGUAAUAACGCUGUCUGUAUUUGCACACAAACUGUGUUAAUAAUAGAAACAGUCGCCACUAUUGACAACCGAUUCUUUCAGCGAGAUUUUAUGACCGUACCAAGUGGAACAUUUCAGUUACAAGUAGAACAUUUCAGUGAAGAAUACACUGAUUGUACUUUAGAGAGCUAAGAAGGACCCAACGCGAAAGCGUUCAAGAGCGGGUGGGAGAGGGCGGAAGAGCUCUAAAUUAUCGGGUUCUUCCCCGUUAUGCGCGGGGAUGGCGGUUGGUUAAACCAGUCGAAACGGACGGCGACGUUAUGCGCGGGCCCCCUCCGUAUCCGGGCAUCCGGUAGUAGUCAGCCUCAUGGCCGGUAGCCCCCGUGGGAAAACGGCUUAACGCCGAACGGUUUUGCGCGGGAUAGCGGCACAAUCGGUCCACCUUAGAACCGUCGUUCCGUGGACGAGUGCGAUUUUCCGGGGAGUGGGCCAGCGAGCACGGGCGAAAGUGCCAGUAUAUAUGCCGCUGAUUGGCGCGAUGCAACUUCAGUGUGCACUCCCGAAGGCUACCAUGAGCACUUCGCAGAUCCUCGUGCUUCUCGCCCUUAUGGCGGCGGUGGCACUCGCCACCGAGACGAAGAAAUCCGACGGCAAUGCCGCCGUGGACUCAAAGGACGUCAAGAGCAAGCGCGGUCUGGAACUGAGUCUGGGCCACGGUGGUUUCGGUGGCGACGGUGGCUUCGGCGGACACGAUUUCGGUGGCUAUGGCGGAGGAUUUGGCGGCGGUUUCGGAGGCGGUGGUGGUGGUGGCGGCGGCGGCGGCGGCGGCGGCGGCGGCGGCGGCGGCGACGGAGGACGAAUCUCCGGCAUCACGAUCCACAGGGAAGUCUCGGUGCCAGUCCCGGUGCCUUACACCGUCGAGAGGAACGUGCCAGUGCCGGUGCCGGUCCCGGUGAAGGUCCCGGUAGACCACCCGGUCCCGGUUCAUGUACCAAAGCCUUACCCUGUCCCGGUAGAGAAGACCGUACCGGUUCCCGUGGAGAAACCGGUCCCGGUGCCCUUCAAGGUGCCCGUCAAGGUGCCCGUGAAGAUUCCCGUGCCGUAUAGCGUACCUGUUAAAGUACCCUACCCCGUGCACAAGGAGGUCCCCUACCCAGUCAAGGUCCCAGUGAUCGUUAAAGAGUCAUACCCAGUCUUGGUGCACGGAGGCGACGGCGGGGGCGGAGGCGGAGGCGGAGGUUUCGGACACGGCGGUGGCGGAGGUUUCGGACACGGCGGCGGCGGCGGAUUCGGACACGGUGGCGGAUUUGGCGGCGGUCACGAGCUCAGCUUCGACCUGCAUUGAUGAGAGUCUGGCGUCGAAACAUUAACGAUAUAUUUGUAUAUAAUGAUUACGUUUCUCUUUUUUACCUGUGCUGUCUUAGCAGAAUAAAUAUUAAAUUAUUAACACGGCGUUGUGGUGGCCUCCUGUGCCGAAACUCGGCAGCGUUUCCUUCCUUUCUCGCACCUUUUUCGACAUACACCUUCGUGGAAAGAUGCGCCGAUUCAUCCGCGAGGACUCCUCGGAAUCUCACCUCCGUGAAACGAGAAUU